AUUAUUUUAUUACUAUUAUUUUAGUUGUCGCAAUAAAAGGAAAAAGAAAUCCUUACCAUACAUGGAAGAAACCAAAAAUGGUGCUUGGAUUUGAGUUGUAAUAAGAUUGAGCUUCUUUGUUCAAUUUGAAGAACACCCGGAUUGAUUUACCUGUUUUCAUGAUCUCCAUUGUGUCAAAAGAAGGAUCUUGGUGCUCGGAUCAUGAAUUUAGGCAGCUUUUGAAGAAUUCAAGAUGCGAUAAUGGAGGUAGAAAAGAAACAUUCGAGGGGAGGGCUUCUUCAUUUGUUUGAUUGGAAUGGUAAAUCUCGAAAGAAAUUGUUCUCAAACAAUGAUGAAAUCUCGGGAGAAUCAAAGAGAGGAAAACCAGUGGGAAAUCGACUGAGAUCGUCGCCUUAUAGGAUGGAUGAGGAUGACUACAAUGGCACUUCAAGUAAUACAUGCUGUGCUGAUUUUAGUUCUGCUUCCUCGGUGACUAGUGAUGAAGGAUGUGGAUCUAGAGCACCUGGACUUGUUGCUAGGCUCAUGGGGUUACACUCGUUGCCUACACCGAACGUCUCGGAGCUAUCGACCUAUGGACCACACCGGCAUCUCUAACAAGCUUGAUUGGUCGUCCUCAAGUCCGAUUGAACUGAGGUUUUGUAAGGUGCAGAACGGUAUGAUUGAGAGAUUUCAGACUGAAAUAUUGCCCCAGAAAUCGGUAAAACCAGUCGCAAUAACUCACCAUAAGCUCUUGUCUCGUGUCAAGAGUCCGGGGUUCAUACCAACCAAGAAUGCAGCUUAUAUAAUGGAGGCAGCUGCAAAGAUUAUCGAGGUUGGUCCUAGGACAACUUCCGAACAUAAAGUGCCGUCGUUUCAGUCUUCUUCAGUUCCUUUGAAAAUCCGGGAUUUGAAAGAGAAAAUUGAAGUCACACAUAAGGUAUCCGGACCUCAAAGACCUGAUGAGCCUAGUCGGAAUGUAGCGAAGUCUUUGAAAGAACAACGUAAGGGCAAGAGUCACAGUACAUCGGAUUCGGGAAAAGGUAGUUCUAACAGUUUGAGGAGUAAGGGGAAACCAGUCUUACUUGCAGAACAAGCAAGGGUUAAUGUUCGGAGGAAAGAGGGGUCGUUUUCAAGUGGUAAUGGGGGUCCUGUAAAUCCAAAGGAAGGGAAUGAUGCUAAAGGAAAACAUUAUUCUAGGAGACAGGCAGAUGUGCGAAAGAAUGCGGAGAACGGAACUUCUGCGUAUAGGAUUAACAAUGUCCUGAGGCAGAAUAAUCAGAAGCAGAACCGCAUAUCUAAUCGAGACAAUUCGACAUCAAAGACUUCGACUCUGGACCAGCAAGGUAGAAAGGCUAGGUCCGUGAAUGGUAUGGUCGGGUUGAGAAGGAGUAUAAGCAAGGUGACAGUCAACUCCGAAUCUCAAUCCAGGAACGUGAGCUCCUCCGCAACUGGUCCUUCAAAGGAGCUUUUCAUGUCUAGACGAAAGAAUUCGUCUAUAAAGAAACAGCCUGUAAAUGAGGAUCUUCUAUCCGGAAGAACAGUUUCGAAAAAUUCAUCGAUGAAUGGCGGUGAAAGGUCCAUCAAAUGUAAUGUUACUACAACUGAUGGGAACUCUAAUCUAGAUGCAGUUAGAACGAAUACAAGCAUGGAUGUUGUUUCAUUUACAUUUACAUCCCCCAUCAAAAUAUCCAUGCCCAAUGUACCUUCCACAAGUCAUGUUGUGGAAACGAGCUGCAACUUUGAUGGUGAUCCUUCUGGUGACAAUGAUCCACUGGUCUUUAAAAGCUUAGGAUAUUCUUCACUCGAUCUUAAUAUAAUCGGCAGGGAUGCUAUGAGUGUUAUUGUAGGGGGAAAGCUCGAGGAAUUGACAUAUAGAGUUGAGUCAUCCAAUUGCAAUAUCAUUUUAGAGGAGGCCUCAUGUAGUCCUGCAUCCAGUCAGAAAAUUUCAGAGCUCCCAUUGGGUACAUUGACAACUACAUCAACGGGACAUCACGAAUUACUUCAGGUGGAUCUAGAGAAGGACAUAUCACAUAGCUCCGCUGAAUUAAACCGCUCUUCGAUCGACAAACCGGAGCUUGAAUGGAGAACGAAGUGGGAGCUUUCAGAAGUAAUUGAAGAUCGAAAUGCUAGCAACAGCAGCAGCGAGACUGGCGUAGAAGUAGAUCUUCAACAUCCUAGUGCACUUUCAACACUUGAACUUUCUGCCACGAGUGAGGGUUUCGCUGAUAGCGGAGAUAGUACCAGUGGCAUGAUGCAUUUGGCUCCCGAAGAAGACGUGUUAAGCUCGUCCCCUGGAGCCAAGUCUUCCCAGAUCGUGGGAGAAGCGGACGGGAAGCUUCUAACGACGACAUCAAAAUCAACAUAUUAUAAAGAGUCGACCAAUUCCAAACUCGAUUAUGUGAAAAUGGUGCUAAAAGACUCUAAGCUAAAGUUCAUACAAUAUGCAUUGGGUCAGACCAAUAAUAUCGUGACCCUGAAUGCUGUCAAUCAGCUCGAGCAUCGAAACAGAACUGAAGGACACAGAGAAGAUCACAACAAGCUGGAACUAAAACUUUUACUCGAUUGCAUGAGUGAAUCCCUGGAGUCACAGUACGACCAGGUUUUUGUCGGAAGCUGCAAAGGAUGGGAUAAGUGGGGAGAAUUGAUCCAAAACAAAGGAUGGUUAGCGGAAGAGUUAUACAAAGAGAUAUUGGAUUGGAGAAAGAUGGGGAGCAUUUUGGUGGUGGACGACCUUGUAGGCAAGAAUAUGAACACAAAGCAAGAGAGAUGGCUUGAUUUUGAUAUGGAAGCGUUUGAAGAGGGUUUAGAGGUUGAGAAAACUAUAUUAACUUGCUUAGUUGAUGAAUUAGUUUUUGAUUUACUGCUUUAAGGCCCUCUUAAUCUCAGGGCAUCCCUUUUCUCCUUGUUAUAAUUCAUUGUAUAGCUAGCAUAUAUGUCUAUAUAUAUACACACAUAUAUAUAUGGCAAUGGAAGGUGGAAUGUAGAAAAAACGAUGUUCUGGAGU